CCGCGGGCCGGAGCGGCGCGGCGGCCCCGCAGGAAGUGGGAGGUGUUCCCGGGCCGCAACCGCUUCUACUGCGGCGGCCGCCUCAUGCUGGCGCGGCACAGCGGCGUCUUCGCCCUCACGCUCGGCCUCAUCCUGGCCACCAGCGGCCUCUUCUUCGCCUUCGACUGCCCCUUCCUUGCCAGUCACCUGACCCUGGCCAUCCCCAUCAUUGCUGCCGUCCUCUUCUUCUUUGUCAUCAGCUGCCUGCUCCAGACAAGCUUCAGGGACCCAGGAAUCCUGCCCAGAGCCACCCCCAGCGAGGCUGCAGACCUGGAGAAGCGAAUUGGAAAUCUACUGGAGCACCUGAGACCUGCUGCUGUCCUUCCCCACAGUGAUGGAGACAGCAUGGGCAGCUCCACGUACCGUCCCCCAGCCCGCACCAUGGAGGUGGUGAUCAACAAGUAUGUGGUGAAGCUCAAGUACUGCUACACCUGCAAGAUGUUCCGGCCGCCGCGCACCUCGCACUGCAGCGUCUGCGACAACUGCGUGGAGAGAUUCGAUCACCACUGCCCCUGGGUGGGCAACUGCGUGGGCAAGCGCAACUACCGCUACUUCUACGCCUUCAUCCUGUCCCUGUCCUUCCUCACCGCCUUCAUCUUCGCCUGCGUCGUCACCCACCUCACCCUGCGCUCUCAGAGGGAUGGGUUCCUGGCCACUCUGAAGACAACCCCUGCGAGUGUGCUGGAGCUGGUGAUUUGUUUUUUCUCAGUCUGGUCCAUUUUGGGCCUCUCAGGUUUUCACACUUACUUAGUCGCCUCCAACCUGACGACAAACGAAGAUAUCAAAGGCUCCUGGUCCAACAAGAGGGGCUCAGAGUUUGCCAAUCCCUACAGCCAUAAAAGCAUCCUCACAAACUGCUGUGCAGUGCUGUGUGGACCAUUCCAUCCCAGCUUGAUAGACAGAAGAGGAUUUAUCCAGCCAGAUACGGGGACCCCGUCCAGUCCCAAGAGUGAAAUCCCUUCCCUUGGAGCCAAAACUGACAGCAGCAUGGUAGGAGGCAUUCCCUAGCAGUGCUGUGAUGUUCCCAGUGCCUGCUGUGCCUGCACCUUGCUCCAGCCAGUACCUUCCCCUGUGACACCCCUGGCCUCAGGAGGGACAGCCCUGAGCUGCCAAAGACUCGAGCCAUGCGUUGCCUUCUUUUUUUUACAUUUAUUUAUUACUUUUUUGUUUAUUUGUUUCACUGUGAUGUGGCCUGUCAGGGGUGUUGCCUGACAGAGCCCAACAGCUUGUGGGACCCUUGGACUCGUGCUGGAAGCAGGGGGUCCCCAGGAGUCCCCAGACCCCUGAGCUCCAGGGCAUUGCUGUGAUUCCUGCUGGGAAUGAGAUGGGCCAAGGCUGGGAGCUGGGCACUGGCAGAUGAUUCCCACUUGGGGCUGGGCCUGGAGGAGGUGUCACCUCCCUGGUGUCCCUGCUAGCUCCAUCAACACACCCUGUUCCCCUGGGCCACCUGGCAGGGCUGUUGUGGCUCUCAGGCUGCAGCUGCUUCCCCUCUGCAGAAGCUGCUGUGCCUGGGUGAGCUGGGAGGACUCAGGAUGUCCUGGGUGACCCCUGCUGAUCCUGUUUCCUGGCUGAGGCUGUGUUUUGGCCCUGCCAGUUGGUCAGACACGUUUUGCAGCAAGGACACGAGUCAGGGGACCCUCAUCUAGCAGGGAAGAAGAAACUCUGUGCUCUGUGACUCUCAGGAGAUGCAGGUCACAAGGCUGCAGGGGUCAGGUUUGGGAGCUGGAGCUUCCCAGGAUUGUGUCCUGUCUGUGGGAGACCAAAAGGCAGCAGAAGAGUGUGAAUUCCUGAGGGUCACACCAUUCCCAGCUGGGAAGCAGUGAGGGGUGCUCGGGGUGUGCUCUUGGUUUGGGUUUCUGAGCAGCAGAGUGUCCCCAGGGCUGUCCCCAGUGCCCUGGGAGCCAUUCCAGCUCUCAUCCAUGAGCAUCCCUCUGCACCCAGGCAGCCAGCUCUGUGUCCCUGGGGUGAAGGCAGAGCACAAACCUCGUAGCAAUACUUGAAUCGUGUUCUUCAAAGCUGCUGGAUAUUUUUGCACAAUUUUAGGACUUUUUUCUACGUAGAACAUUUUCUGUCCUGUGCAGGGAGCACGGUGCACGUUGGCACCAGGGCAGAGGCUCACAGUGCCGAGCUGCCUGGCAGGUUUCCUUGGAUCAGACAGACCAGUUUCAACCUGGGGCAGGGGCAGCACAUUUUGGGGGGCAGCCCAGCCCCCCUGAGCUCACCAGUAUCGUGCUUUGUACUCUGCAAGUGCCUGUGCCAGGGGGAUGGAGAGGAGCAGUGAGGAGGGGGUUACCAGGGGCCAGACUCCUUCCUGUUUUUAUUUAAACCAGUUUCCUUUGUUACUCAAUAAAAUUCUAUUUUGAAAGAGUUAACUGCUUGGAUGAUUAUUUUCCUCCUUGAGGACAGAAGGGGGCAGGUGUGUCCCAGGGUUUGGCAUCUCCCAGGUGCCAGCUGGGCUCUGUUAGGCUCAGGCCUCACCUGGAAACUCCUGGAAGCUCCUGCUGGGAGGGAUGAGCAGCAGCUGACGCUGCUGUGACUCCUGCUGGAGCAAAGGGAAUUUCUGUCCCACAUUUCCAGGCCGGGCAGGGGCUCAUCCCCUCCCUGCUGUUGUCACCUCAGUGUCCCUUCCCCAGCUGGGCUCUGUGCCCCAUCUGUGCCAGCCCCUCUGGCCCCGUGGCAGGUGUGAGGUGCAU